GAAGCCCAAAACUACCAUUUUAGAAUCGGGUUUGGAACGGACUAAGAACACCCACCUCCCAGUCCCAGCUAAUGCUCCGCCCUCCACUCCGGAGGUCCGGAAGCGGACGUGAUGGAUACGGAAGUAGCCUGCUGUUGCCGAGGGGACGGGACGGGCAGAUGCCAACAUGGCAGCGGUUGGGGUUGGCGGAUCCACCGCGGCGGCCGGGCCAGGGGCCGUGUCCGCUGGUGCGCUGGAGCCUGGGUCAGCUACAGCGGCUCACCGGCGCCUCAAGUACAUAUCCUUAGCUGUGCUGGUGGUCCAGAACGCCUCCCUCAUCCUUAGCAUCCGAUAUGCUCGCACACUGCCUGGUGACCGCUUCUUUGCCACCACUGCUGUGGUCAUGGCUGAAGUGCUCAAAGGUGUCACCUGUCUCCUGCUGCUCUUCGCCCAGAAGAGGGGUAUGAGUCAGGGAAGGGGUUGGUUGGUCUGACCCCCCUAUAUGUAA